GCUAGACAUUUGAUUUUCUUGAUUCAUAAUCCGGUCUCGAGUUGGGUUUUAUAAUUUGAAGAAAAAAAAAGUUGCAAAUUUCCAAAAAUCGUAAUAAAUCGAAACCAGCACUUUCCCAGCUUCCGCUCCACAGAUACGAGAAAUCCUUCGAAAUCAUCACCUCCUGCAUAACAAAUAAUUCCCGAUGACCCCCAUUGCCAAUUCUCGGACGCGGGCACUCUUUGGAAGACAAUUUUUCUUCAACGUCAACUCUCAAGACCAAGCACAACUCCUCUUAUCUCUCAGGCACUACUCAUCUUCCAAUGGAGAACAACUGGACGCUGAUAAUGUUAAGGAGCCAAGAAAAUCCUCAAACAAAUCCAAGACAGCUAAAUCAAUGGCAAGACUCAUUAACUCAAAACCCUGGUCAACUGAACUUGAAUCUUCUCUUUUUUCUCUUUCUCCUUCAAUUUCUAAAACCACUUUCUUUCAAGUUCUUCGCUUUAUUGCUUCCCCACCAAAAGCUUUUGAAUUUUUCAACUGGGCUUCAAGAAACGGGUUCGCUCAUGAUAGCCGAUCGUAUUUUAUGAUGCUAGACAUCUUGGGUCGUAAUGGAAAUCUCAAUAUUGCUCGUAAUUUUUUGUUUUCUAUUGAGAGAAGGUCCAAUGGGAGUGUUAAGAUUGAAGAUAGGUUUUGUAACACUUUGUUGAGGAGUUAUGGUAAUGCUGGGUUGUUUAAUGAAGCUAUAAAGCUGUUUAGUUUAAUGAAGUCAAGUGGGGUGUCACCAUCUGUCAUUACAUUUAAUAGUCUUUUGUUAAUCUUGCUUAAAAGAGGAAGGACUAACAUGGCACAUAGUGUGUUUGAUGAAAUGUGUGGGACUUAUGGGGUUACGCCGGAUACAUAUACUUUUAAUAUCUUGAUUAGAGGCUUUUGUAAGAAUUCGAUGGUUGAUGAAGGGUUUAGGUUUUUCAAGGAAAUGUCAAGGUUUAAUUGUGAGCCUGAUGUGGUUACUUACAAUACACUUGUUGAUGGGUUGUGUAGGGCGGGGAAGGUCAGGAUUGCACAUAAUGUGGUUAAAGGGAUGGUUAAGAAAAUGAAGGAUUUGAGUCCUGAUGUUGUUACUUAUACUACUUUGGUUAGAGGGUAUUGUAUGAAACAAGAGAUUGAUGAGGCUCUGGUUGUUUUUGAAGAGAUGGUUAGUAGAGGGUUAAAACCGAAUGAUAUUACCUACAACACCCUUAUAAAGGGUCUUUGCGAAGUGCAGAAGUUUGAUAAGAUCAAAGAGAUUUUGGGGGGAGCUGGAGGGGGUAGAGGUUUUGUUCCAGAUACUUGUACAUACAACACUUUGAUGAAUGCACAGUGUGAUGCAGGGAAUUUCGAUGAGGCUUUGAAGAUGUUUAAGAAGAUGAAGGAGUUGAAAGUCCAACCAGAUUCAGCUACAUAUAGUGUUUUAAUCAGGAAUUUGUGUCAAAGGGGGGAUUUUGAGAGAGCAGAGCAAUUGUUCGACAAGCUAUCUGAUGAGGAUAUUUUGUUACGUGAUGAUGGCUGUACUCCUCUUGUUGCGGCUUACAAUCCAAUUUUUGAUUUUUUAUGUAAAAAUGGAAAGACUCACAAGGCUGAGAGAGUGUUCAGGCAGCUAAUGAAAAAGGGAACACAAGAUCCUCCUUCAUACAAGACCUUGAUCAUUGGGCACUGUAAGGAAGGUACUUUUGAGGCUGGGUAUAAGCUCCUGCUCUUUAUGUUGAGAAGAGAUUAUGUGCCUGAUUUUGAAACCUAUGUGCUGCUGAUUAACGGUUUCUUGCAGAAAGGUGAACCGAUUCUGGCCUACAAGACUCUGGAGAGGAUGCUAAAAAGUUCCUAUCUACCUAAAACUUCUGUUUUCCAUUCUAUACUUUCAGAACUUCUGAAAAAUGAUUUUGCCCGUGAAUCAGCUAGCUUUGUUGUACUGAUGAUAGACAGAAAAAUUAGACAAAAUAUCAAUCUCUCAACACAUACCAUGAGGUUGCUCUUUGGUAGUGGACUGCGAAUUAAAGCAUUCCAGAUUGUUGAAUUACUUUAUGAUAAUGGAUAUAUGGUUGACAUGGAAGAAUUGAUUGGUUUCAUUUGCCAGAAGGGGAAGUUACUAGACGCACAAAAGAUGUUGUCAUUUUGUUUGGAGAAGGGUCACAAUGUGGAUAUUAACGUGUGCAAUGUAGUUAUUGAAGGUCUGUGUAAAAUGAAAAGACCUUUAGAAGCAUUUGGGUUGUACUACAUGCUAGUGGAGAAAAGUAAUCAUCAGCAGUUGAGCUGCCUAGAAGGUUUGAGAACUGCCUUGGAGGCUGGGGGAAGAUCAGAGGAAGCAAAAUUUGUAUCUAAGAGGAUGCCCGAUGAGAGGCAGCUGGCAGAUAUCAGGGCUGUCUUGAUGGAGCGUGGACAUGAUUCUUCUGAGUUCCUGGCUUUGGCUUAUGUAAAAUUUUUUGUUAGCACACAAGCUUUGCCACCAUAUUUUUCUCGAAUUCUAUAUGGAGAAAGAAGAUUUUUCAUGCUUCUCAUCCUUGACACCAACCUUUCUCCAAUAUCAAGUUUAGCUCUCGUUUAUAUUUCCCUGCUUUGUGAUGCUUCAUCCAUUAAAUUAUCUUUGUACCAAACUAUCUUCUUCCUAAACCUGUUGAAGAUGCCUGAAACGAUUGGCAACGGGGCUUCAAAGCACCAUGCCACACUCACUAGGCGCGCACCCACUCCAGGCAAGGCAACAAUACUUGCAACAGGCAAGGCCUUCCCCAGCACACUUGUUCCUCAGGAAUGCUUGGUGGAGGGUUACAUGCGUGACACCAAAUGCGAUGAUGCUUCCAUUAAGGAGAAACUGGAGCGACUUUGUAAAACCACUACUGUGAAGACACGAUACACAGUCAUGUCCAAGGAGAUACUAGAAAAAUACCCGGAACUUGCAACAGAGGGCUCUCCGACGAUCAAGCAAAGACUCGAAAUAGCAAACCCGGCAGUUGUUGAGAUGGCACUGAAAGCAAGCAUUGCUUGCAUCAAUGAAUGGGGUGGGUCGGUAAAAGAUAUCACCCACGUUGUCUAUGUUUCUUCCAGUGAGAUACGCUUACCGGGUGGUGAUCUCUACCUUGCCAGUCAGCUUGGACUAAGGAAUGACGUUGGCCGAGUAAUGCUUUACUUCCUGGGCUGUUAUGGAGGCGUCACUGGACUUAGAGUUGCCAAGGACAUAGCUGAAAACAACCCAGGAAGCCGUAUCUUAUUAACUACUUCUGAGACAACGAUUCUUGGUUUUCGCCCUCCAAACAAGGCACGCCCUUACGACCUUGUGGGGGCCGCACUCUUUGGUGAUGGAGCUGCAGCUGUGAUUAUCGGAGCUGACCCUGUAAUAGGUAAAGAGUCUCCUUUCAUGGAGCUGAGCUAUGCUGUUCAACAAUUCUUGCCAGGUACACAGAAUGUGAUCGAUGGACGCCUUUCUGAAGAGGGCAUAAACUUCAAGCUUGGGAGGGAUCUUCCUCAGAAAAUUGAAGACAACAUUGAGGAGUUUUGCAGGAAGCUUAUGUCAAAGGCUGGUCUAACUGAGUUCAAUGAUUUGUUCUGGGCAGUCCAUCCUGGUGGCCCAGCAAUACUUAACAGGCUAGAGAGCAAUCUCAAAUUAAACACAGAGAAGCUGGAAUGCAGCAGGAGGGCCCUAAUCAACUACGGGAAUGUCAGCAGUAAUACCAUAGUCUAUGUUUUGGAAUAUAUGAAGGAAGAGUUGAAGAGAGAAGGAGGGGAAGAAUGGGGACUUGCCUUAGCUUUUGGACCAGGCAUUACUUUUGAAGGCAUCCUUCUUCGUAGCCUAUAAUUAAAUCCUGCAGCUACAUAUAUGCAUUUGGUUUUUAUUUUUCAUAAUGAAGCUACUCAUAUUAUGCUGUUUCUGAA